CGCUGCUGCUGCUGCUCACACACUGUCCGUCCACUUGGAAAUUUCCCUCAACGCGGAGGAUAUUUUACUGACUGUCGGCAAAUGUGCAUCUUCUCCGGGCUGACUGCUUGAAAUGCCCCAGUAGAGGACCUGAAGCUGUGAAGAUCAGCAGACGUCAAAGGCUGCGUUUUCCUCAGCAAUAAGUACUGCUGCAGGAGGUCUGACAGGCACAGGACAGAAAACAAAUCAGUGUCGUGCUGUGAAUCCAAAUUCUGCCUGUUUUCAUACAAAGUUCAAGGUGUAGCUGCAGCUUCCACACACGCCGCCCGCCAAGAUGGUGGUGUUGUCGCUGAAAAUCUGCGUUCGCCAAUGCAAUGUGGUGAAGACUAUGCAGUUUGAGCCCUGCACAGCCAUCUAUGAUGCCUGUAGGAUUAUCAGAGAGAGGGUUCCUGAGGCCCAAACCGGACAGGCUUCAGACUACGGUCUGUUUUUAUCUGAUGAAGACCCCAGAAAAGGCAUCUGGCUCGAGUCUGGCAGGACUUUGGACUACUACAUGCUCCGCAAUGGGGACAUCCUCGAAUACAAGAAGAAGCAGAGGCCCCAGAAAAUCAAAAUGCUUGAUGGGGCUGUUAAAACCAUCAUGGUGGACGACUCCAAAACAGUGGGAGAGCUACUUGUGACUAUAUGCAGUAGAAUAGGCAUCACCAACUAUGAGGAAUACUCUCUGAUCCAGGAGAUAGUGGAGGACAAGAAAGACGAAGGGAUGGGCACGCUGAGGAAAGACAGGACGCUGCUAGGCGACGAGAGGAAGAUGGAGAAGCUGAAAGCCAAACUACACACAGACGAUGACUUGAACUGGUUGGACCACAGCAGAACCUUCAGAGAGCAGGGCGUGGAUGAGAACGAGACGCUUCUACUCAGACGCAAGUUCUUCUACUCGGACCAGAACGUGGACUCCCGAGACCCGGUCCAACUCAACCUGCUUUACGUACAGGCCCGAGAUGACAUCCUGAACGGUUCUCACCCUGUAUCAUUUGACAAGGCCUGCGAGUUUGGAGGCAUUCAGGCCCAGAUCCAGUUCGGACCUCACAUAGAGCACAAACACAAACCUGGAUUCUUAGACCUGAAGGAGUUUCUGCCCAAAGAAUACAUAAAGCAUCGAGGAGCUGAGAGGAAAGUAUUCCAGGAUCACAAAGACUGUGGAGAGAUGACGGAGAUUGAAGCAAAAGUGAAAUAUGUGAAACUUGCAAGGUCUCUGCGGACAUAUGGAGUAUCUUUCUUCCUGGUCAAAGAAAAGAUGAAGAGUAAGAACAAGCUGGCACCGCGGCUCCUGGGGAUCACCAAAGAAUCUGUGAUGAGAGUGGACGAGAAGACCAAAGACGUGGUUCAGGAGUGGCCACUUACCACUGUGAAGAGGUGGGCAGCUUCACCCAAGAGCUUCACCCUGGACUUUGGGGAGUACCAGGAGAGCUACUACUCGGUUCAGACCACUGAAGGGGAACAGAUCUCCCAGCUCAUUGCUGGUUACAUCGACAUCAUCCUCAAAAAGAAGCAAAGCAAGGAUCGCUUUGGAUUAGAAGGUGAUGAGGAAUCAACCAUGCUUGAGGAAUCUGUAUCACCUAAAAAGUCUACCAUCCUUCAGCAGCAGUUUAACCGCGUGGGUCGGGUGGAGCACGGCUCUGUGGCGCUGCCAGGCGUGAUCCGAUCUGGCUCCAUUGGCACAGAGUCGCUCACCAUGGGCACCAUGCCAUCUGCUCAGCAGCAGAUCACAAUGGGUCAGAUGCACCGUGGACACAUGCCACCACUGAGUUCAGCACAGCAGGCUCUUAUGGGAACCAUUAACACCAGUAUGCAAGCUGUGCAGAAGGCUCAGAUUGACCUGGGCGAGGUUGACAACCUGCCACCACUGGGACAGGACAUGGCAUCCAAGGUGUGGAUCCAGAACAAGAUGGACAAAUCAAAACACGAGAUUCACUCUCAGGUCGAUGCCAUCACCGCAGGAACAGCCUCUGUCGUCAACCUCACAGCUGGCGACCCGACCGACACAGACUACACAGCAGUAGGCUGCGCCAUCACCACCAUCUCCUCCAACCUGACAGAAAUGUCAAAGGGUGUGAAGCUGUUGGCUGCAUUGAUGGAGGAUGAGGUGGGCGGAGGUAACGACCUGAUGAAGGCUGCCCGGACGCUAGCAGGGGCCGUGUCUGACCUACUGAAGGCUGUGGAGCCAGCCUCUGGAGAGCCCAGACAGACUGUGCUGACGGCAGCGGGCAGCAUCGGCCAGGCCAGUGGAGACCUCCUGCGCCAGAUUGGAGAGAGCGAGACAGAUGAGAGGUUCCAGGAUAUCCUGAUGAAUCUGGCCAAAGCGGUGGCCAACGCUGCAGCCAUGUUGGUGCUGAAGGCAAAGAACGUGGCCCAAGUUGCAGAGGACACAGUUCUUCAAAACCGAGUCAUUGCUGCAGCCACCCAGUGUGCCCUGUCCACCUCCCAGCUGGUGGCAUGCGCCAAGGUGGUGAGUCCCACUAUCAGUUCCCCUGUUUGCCAGGAGCAAUUAAUUGAAGCUGGAAAGCUGGUGGAUCGCUCAGUAGAGAGCUGUGUCCAGGCCUGCCUGUCAGCCACAGAGGAUGGUGAGCUCCUAAAACAGGUGAGCGCAGCAGCCAGCGUGGUGAGUCAGGCUCUGGGAGAUCUCCUGCAACACGUCCGGCAGUACACCUCAAGAGGAGAGCCAAUCGGGCGCUACGAUCAGGCCACAGACACCAUUAUGACCGUCACUGAGAGUAUCUUCAGCUCAAUGGGAGACGCAGGAGAGAUGGUCCGUCAGGCUCGGGUGUUGGCUCAGGCCACCUCAGACCUGGUGAACGCCAUGAGGUCUGAUGCUGAAGCUGAGGUGGAUGUUGACAAUUCUAAGAAGCUGUUGGCAGCUGCAAAACUUCUGGCUGACGCAACUGCAAGGAUGGUGGAGGCAGCAAAGGGUGCAGCAGCAUACCCAGAAAACGAGGAUCAGCAGCAGAGACUGAGGGAAGCUGCAGAGGGGCUCCGUGUGGCCACCAACGCUGCUGCUCAGAAUGCAAUAAAGAAGAAGCUGAUCAACAGAUUGGAGAAUGCUGCCAAGCAGGCUGCAGCUGCAGCCACACAGACCAUCGCUGCUGCUCAGAAUGCUGCCGCCUCCAACAAGAACACUGCUGCUCACCAGCAGCUGGUGCAGAGCUGUAAGGCAGUGGCUGACCACAUCCCACAGCUUGUCCAGGGGGUGCGUGGCAGUCAGGCCAAACCAGAAGACCUCUGUGCACAACUAGCCCUUAUCAUCGCCAGCCAGAACUUCCUACAGCCUGGUAGUAAAAUGGUGACCUCGGCCAAGUCGUCUGUUCCCACAGUGACUGAUCAGGCUGCGGCCAUGCAACUGGGUCAGUGUGCCAAGAACCUGGCCACCUGCCUGGCUGAGCUGAGGACGUCUGCACAGAAGGCUCAUGAAGCUUGCGGCCCCAUGGAGAUCGACUCUGCCCUUACUGCCGUCCAGACCUUGAGGAGUGAGCUGCAAGAUGCCAUGCAAGCUGCUGUUAAUGCCCAACUGAAACCACUACCUGGAGAAUCCUUGGAGAAGUGUGCUCAGGAUCUGGGCAGCACCUCCAAGUCAGUAGGAUCCUCUAUGGCUCAGCUGCUCACCUGCGCUGCACAAGGAAAUGAACACUACACAGGAAUAGCAGCCAGGGAGACAGCGCAGGCCCUGAAAACACUGGCCCAGGCAGCCCGCGGCGUGGCUGCCUCCACCACGGACCCCAAGGCGGCUGCCGCCAUGCUGGACUCUGCUCGUGAUGUCAUGGAGGGCUCAGCACUUCUGAUUCAUGAGGCCAAGCAGGCACUGAUUUCCCCGGGAGAUGCUGAGAGUCAGCAGAGACUGGCGCAGGUGGCCAAGGCUGUGUCUCAUUCCCUGAAUAACUGCGUCAACUGUCUGCCUGGCCAGAAGGAUGUGGACAUGGCUCUCAAGAGCAUCGGGGAGGCCAGCAAGAAGCUUCUGAUAGAAACUAUCCCUCUAGCCUCCAAAUCAUUUCAGGAGGCUCAGAGUGAGCUGAACCAAACAGCAGCAGACCUGAACCAGUCAGCAGGCGAUGUGGUCCACGCCUCUAGAGGUUCCAGCAGCCAGCUGGCGGUGGCCUCUGGGAAGUUCAGCCAUGACUUUGAUGAGUUCCUUGAUGCUGGCAUCGAGAUGGCUGGGCACACUCAGAAGAAGGAUGACCAGGUGCAGGUGAUCGGUAACCUGAAGAACAUUUCCAUGGCUUCUAGCAAGCUGCUGCUGGCUGCUAAGAGUCUAUCUGUAGACCCUGCAGCAGCAAAUGCCAAGAACCUGCUAGCAGCUGCUGCACGAGCUGUGACUGACAGUAUCAACCAGUUGAUCACGCUGUGUACACAGCAGGCUCCUGGCCAGAAGGAGUGUGACAACGCCCUGAGAGAGUUGGAGGCUGUCAGAGGAAUGCUAGACAACCCCAACGAGCCAGUCAGUGACCUCUCGUACUUCGACUGCAUCGAGAGUGUGAUGGAGAACUCCAAGGUCCUGGGAGAGUCCAUGGCCGGUAUUUCUCAGAACUGUAAGACGGGAGAUGUGACCGCAUUUGGAGACUGUGUGGGAUCAGCCUCAAAGGCCCUGUGUGGCCUUACUGAAGCUGCUGGACAGUCCUCUUACCUGGUGGGUGUGUCUGAUCCAAACAGUCACGCAGGGCACCAGGGGUUGGUGGAUCCCAUUCAGUUUGCCAAAGCCAACCAGGCAAUCCAGAUGGCCUGCCAGAAUCUUGUUGACCCUGACAGCAGCCCCUCCCAGGUUCUCUCAGCAGCCACAAUUGUUGCUAAGCACACCUCAGCACUGUGCAACGCCUGCCGUUUGGCUUCCUCUAAAACAACCAAUCCAGUUGCCAAGAGGCACUUUGUCCAGUCUGCCAAGGAGGUAGCCAACAGCACUGCCAACCUGGUCAAAACCAUCAAGGCUCUAGAUGGGGAUUUCUCAGAUGAGAACAGGAACAAGUGUCGAGUCGCCACAGCUCCGCUAAUCGAGGCGGUGGAAAAUCUGACAACGUUUGCUUCCAACCCAGAGUUUGCCAGCAUCCCCGCUCAAAUCAGCAACGAAGGCUCUGCAGCACAGGAGCCCAUCCUCCAAUCAGCACGAUCUAUGCUCGACAGCUCGACCCACCUUCUCAAGACCGCACGCUCAUUGGUUAUCAACCCUAAAGACCCACCCACCUGGUCUGUUUUGGCUGGUCACUCUCGCACAGUCUCGGACUCCAUCAAGAGUCUCAUCACAGCCAUCCGGGACAAGGCCCCAGGCCAGCGGGAGUGCGACUCGUCAAUUGAUAACAUCAACAAAUGUAUCCGGGACAUUGAGCAGGCCUCUCUGGCAGCAGUCAGCCAGAACUUACCCAGCAGGGACGACAUCUCACUGGAGGCCCUACAAGAGCAGCUGACGUCCACCGUGCAGGAAAUUGGCCACUUAAUUGACCCUGUUUCUACCGCUGCUAGAGGCGAAGCUUCCCAACUAGGACACAAGGUAACUCAGUUGGCUCGAUACUUUGAACCACUGAUCAAGGCCUCAGUGGGUGUGGCAUCGAAGCUAAAUGACCACCAGCAGCAGAUGACUUUCUUGGACCAGACCAAGACCCUGGCUGAGUCUGCUCUGCAGAUGCUCUACGCUGCCAAGGAGGGUGGAGGAAACCCAAAGGCAUCCCAUACCCAUGAUGCCAUAGCAGAGGCAGCUCAGCUCAUGAAAGAGGCAGUAGAUGACAUUAUGGUGACACUGAAUGAGGCUGCCAGUGAAGUCGGCAUGGUUGGAGGUAUGGUGGACUCUAUCGCAGAUGCCAUGGCCAAGCUGGAUGAGGGUACACCAUCUGAACCUGAGGGAUCAUUUGUGGAUUACCAGACUAGUAUGGUGAAAUACUCCAAGGCUAUUGCUGUCACUGCUCAGGAAAUGAUGACCAAAUCGGUGACAUGUCCAGACGACCUUGGCACCCUGGCCUCUCAGGUGACUGUGGACUACAGCCAACUGGCUGUUGAGGGGCGACUGGCUGCUCACACAGCUGAGCCAGAAGAGAUUGGUUUCCAGAUUAAGAAUCGAGUGCAGGAGCUUGGUCAUGGCUGUAUUUUCCUAGUCCAGAAGGCCGGAGCACUGCAGAUCACUCCUUCUGACAGCAUCACCAAACGAGAGCUCAUCGACUGUGCCCGCGCAGUUACGGAGAAGGUGUCCUUGGUGCUCUCUGCCCUCCAGGCAGGCAACAAGGGCACACAGGCCUGCAUCACAGCGGCCAGCGCUGUGUCCGGCAUUAUCGCAGAUCUGGACACCACCAUCAUGUUUGCCUCUGCCGGCACCCUCAAUGCAGAGAACGAAGAGUCCUUCGCCGACCACAGGGAAAACAUUUUAAAGACAGCCAAAGCUCUGGUUGAAGACACAAAGAUGUUGGUGUCUGGUGCGGCUUCAGGUCAGGACAAGUUGGCUCAGGCUGCACAAUCUUCUGCCAAGACUAUUACACAGCUCACAGAUGUGGUCAAACUGGGAGCUACCAGCAUUGGUUCUGAUGACCCUGAGACACAGGUGGUCCUGAUAAAUGCUGUGAAAGAUGUGGCCAAGGCACUGGCUGAGCUUAUUAGUGCCACCAAGUGUGCCUCUGGCAAGGCAGCAGAUGAUCCAUCUAUGUACCAGCUGAAGAGCGCUGCCAAGGUGAUGGUAACAAAUGUGACCUCCUUGCUGAAGACAGUCAAGGCUGUGGAGGAUGAGGCCACGCGAGGCACCAGAGCACUGGAGGCCACAAUUGAGUGUAUCAAACAGGAAUUGGCGGUGUUUCAAUCCAAGGAUGCUCCCAACCAGACUACCACACCUGAGGAGUUCAUUCGCAUGACUAAAGGCAUCACCAUGGCAACGGCUAAGGCAGUGGCUGCAGGGAACUCUGCCCGGCAGGAGGACAUCAUCCAUACAGCCAACCUCAGCCGCAAAGCUAUUUCAGACAUGCUUACUACCUGCAAGCAAGCAGCCUAUCAUCCAGAGGUCAGUGCUGAGGUGAAGAAGAGAGCGCUGUCAUAUGGAUCAGAGUGCACAACUGGAUACAUUGAUCUACUGGAACAAGUGCUAAUGGUGCUGCAGAAGCCCACUGCAGACCAGAAGCAGCAUCUGGCGGCACGCUCUAAAUGUGUGGCAGGAGCCGUCACAGAGCUAAUCCAGACCGCGGAGGCCAUGAAAGGUUCGGAGUGGGUGGACCCCGAGGACCCGACUGUGAUUGCAGAAACUGAGCUGCUCGGAGCGGCAGCAUCCAUCGAAGCGGCAGCUAAGAAGCUGGAGCAGCUCAAACCUCGAGCCAAGCCCAAGCUAGCAGAUGAGACGUUGAACUUUGAGGAGCAGAUUCUGGAAGCAGCCAAAUCCAUCGCUGCAGCCACUAGCGCUUUGGUCAAAUCGGCUUCAGCUGCCCAGCGAGAGCUGGUGGCUCAGGGCAAAGUGGGCUCCAUCCCAGCCAAUGCUGUGGAUGAUGGACAGUGGUCCCAGGGGCUUAUCUCUGCUGCUCGUAUGGUCGCAGCAGCAACCAGCAACCUGUGCGAGGCAGCCAACGCCUCUGUGCAAGGCCACGCCAGCGAGGAGAAACUCAUCUCCUCAGCAAAACAGGUGGCGGCCUCCACUGCACAGCUGCUGGUGGCCUGUAAGGUGAAAGCUGACCAAGACUCUGAGGCCAUGAGGAGACUGCAGAUUGCCGGGAAUGCAGUUAAGAAGGCAUCAGACAACCUGGUGCGAGCGGCUCAAAAGGCAGCAUUCGACAAAUCAGAUGAAGACAGCGUGGUGGUCAAGACGAAGUUUGUGGGUGGAAUUGCACAGAUCAUUGCAGCCCAGGAGGAGAUGCUAAGGAAGGAGAGAGAGCUGGAAGAAGCCAGGAAGAAACUGGCUCAGAUCAGGCAGCAGCAGUACAAGUUCCUGCCCAGCGAGCUACGAGAAGACAACAACUAACGAAGCAAAGCAGCCCUCUCUGCUGCGUAUGCUUGAACUCAGUGUGAGGAGCACAGCUGUGUUUGUGUGCAGAUUUGCGUCCUUUUUAAUAACGCAUGUGGACAGGUAUGUUGCCUACAGUACAGCAACUUCAGAUAUGUUGUAACUGAUUUUUAACAAACCAGGAAUGCCCAAGUCUGCAGUGAACGCCGUCCACAUCAUAUGGGGAGGACUAAAAGUCAACUGCUGCAAAGGUCGAAAUACUACUGCGUGGAACUGACUACUUCAAGGAAACAACUCAACAUAAACUGCUUUGACUAACCUGAAAGAGAAUGUGACAUGCUUGGGACAAACAGUACAGCUCAUAUGCUCUCAUGUUUGCACAGAAGCUACUCCUUUGUUUUACAAAUUGCAGCUGUAGUUCAUAAACUCUUUAAGAUGAAGAACUGAUUGUAUCGCUGUCCUUGUCACAUAGCAAAAGCAUUUCAGCUCGGUACUCUGAUAUUGUAUGAAUGUGGGCCUGUGAAACGUGUUCACGUCCAGUCCGGCACCUUAAUAUCUGUUUGAAUCGUGUAAAUCACAUGACUGUGGUGUGUCUUGUUGACUGUAAUUCAGUGGUCAUUAACCCUAAUAUGAAAGAUGUUUUGCAUACUGGUGUUUCUUGGACCAUACUGUAAUUUUCAAUAAUGGAAGUUAGUUUUUUUGGAAAUAUCUGAAAUGUAGACAGUAAUAUGAGCAUCAAACUUUCUUAUUUGACUUUUUUAUGCUGUUAUCGACAGGCUCUACAUGCUAAAUCACCAUCGGUUUUUUUAAGAUACAACCAAUUCUUUAUAUUGGUCUAAAAAGCCCUUGAAUAUAGUCAGUCAUUGUGUGCAGCUGCUGAGACCCCUGCAGGAUGCGUUAAUUUACGUUAUCAUGUGAAUGCUUUUCUACACAGGACAACAUAUUACCAUAGAAGGAAUAUUUAUUACUUCAGAGUAUUUUUAGCAGAGAGGGGUCUUUCAGGGGCAGUUAAUUACUGUCACUAGCAGAGGCUGUGGUGCUACAGGUAGCUUCCAGGCUCGAAAACCAAUCCCAAUCCUUAAGGCCUCUUUUUUUUCUUUCUUUUUUUUCUCUGAACAUUUCAGGUAUUGAGACAUGCAUACAAACAGUAUAAACUGAAUUUGACCAUGAUGCAAUUACAUGGAUGGUGCUUUAGGGGGCAGUAUUGGUUUCUCUUAUACCAUGCACAAUCCAAAGUAAGAGUAGGAGAUAUUGUAUAAUUGGGUGCUUGCUUUCAGUAUAAAGUAUAGUUUUGGGUAACCAGGCAGGUUGAAUUUGGCUACAACAACAUGCAAGAUAGGAAUACCUGGAAAUACCUCAGACAUCUUGAAUUCUUUGAUUAUAUGCACUCUGUGUGCUUUGUCUCCAAGCAGAUUUACUUUGGCCCUGCUCUUCAUUAACCUGACCACAUGUUUUCAGCAAUACUCAAUCAUUGCCAACGAUUAAUGUGAGUCAAUUCACCUCCAAUCUGUCCAAUUCAGGAACCAAAAUCAAAAUUCAAAAAUAUUAAAAUAAUAAGUAUAGCAAUAAUCUCAUUCUAAAAAAAUAGAAAAUGACAAACUUGAGGUUUUGCAAUUUGCAGAUCCAUGGUACAUUUGAAAUGAAAUGACUGUGACACUAAUCAUGUCUAUCCUUUUUUGUCGUCCCCCAGUCUUUGAAUUUAAGGGUGCUUCUUCGGUGCGACUUUACUGAAUAUACUACUUGCUGCAAUAGAAGAACCUUUUGUUUACCGAAUUUGAUUGUAGUGCGUUUGGUUCCUUUGUCUUAUUAUACGGGCUGUCUUUCAAUAUUAAACUACAGUAUGUUGUAAGAUUAGGUCCUGCUGUGAAAAUGCAUGGCUUUGCGCUUCAGAUGCAUCUCUGCUCAUACGGCCAUAGAAUGAAACUUUUAAGGAUGCAUUGAGUGAUUGAUUGUGACCUCCACAUACAGUACAGACAGUAUACAGCUGCAAAUAGCUACAGACAGACCGUCACUUUUUAGUCAGGUCUGGAAUUAAGAAGUGUUUUCUGGCAUUGUAUUUUGUGUGAAGGGAGGGGGGGGGGGGGGGGGGUCCACUGCUCAUCAGUCAAGUCUGUAGUGUUAUUAUUAGUGCCUUAGUCCGUAGCCCAUACAGUGUCUGGUCUGCUCAAGUGACAGCUUCACCUCAUCAGUUAAUAGAAGGUAUUGACAAGCAAUUGUUUGGGAAUGGAGGUUCAUGUCUGUGGGUUUUCUAACAUUUGUUAACACACUGUUCCUCCAAGUGCUGAACCAGCUGCAUCCCCUCUACCUUCUCUCUUUAUCUCUCAGCCACAUGUAAGGCCUUUUGGGGAUGACAGAGGAACUGUUCGCCAAUCACAAAAUGUGUUGCUGGUUAGAGUUUGCCAUCAGUAUGUAUGUAUAUAUAUAUAUAUAUAUAUAUAUAUAUAUAUAUAUAUAUAUAUAUAUAUAUAUAUGAAUAUGUUUUGUACUGCAUUCCAUGGGCAUGUACCACAGUGCUUCUAAACUACAACAGACUGGAAAUUUGGGCCUGUCAACUGAUUUAUUGUAUGUUGUGAAGUCACAGAAAUUUUAUGAAUGGGCUUUUUUUUCUCCUCGUGCUCUUAAGCUUCUAUGAAAGAUAAAUGUGAUUUGAACUUUUCGAUAUAUCUGUCACCAUUAAGAUGUUGUGACGCAUUUCAAAGAUGUGGAGUAAGUGAAGUUGUUCCGUAUGUUUUACCCUAAACAGAAAUUAAAAAAUUACUAGAGUUACUACAAUAAAGAUAACAUACAAUAUAAAAGAUAUUUAUCUGGCCUCGAUACAACUAUUUUUUGUAUUCACUGAAAAUAAAGCAUUUCAAUGUAAGUGUUUCUUAA